AUGCGUCAGAAUAUACCAUUGACAGCUGCCACGCUUGCCAUCCUCACCUGCUCAGCAGCAGGGGUGAGUAUGCAGGGCUCUCGCUAUUUGCGAGACCUGCGAUGGGCAGCUGAAUGUGGUGUAGACCCUCAAUUGAUUCUCAGCGAUACGGAGAGCUUUCAAAAUUUGCUCUCCCAUCCAUCAAACGACAAGACGGGCCUUAGCCCUGAGCUUGUUAGCAUCCCAAUUGAUCAUAAUGACCCCUCAGUUGGCACUUACCAGAACCGAUUCUGGGUGACCGAGCAAUUCUAUGUCCCUGGAAGCCCGAUCUUCGUGUUUGACGGCGGAGAGUCGAAUGCUGAGGUAUAUAAGUCGCAUCUCACGUCGAAUCAAUCUUUCUUCUGGCACAUACUCAAGGAUUUCAAAGGGAUGGGGAUAUUAUGGGAACACCGGUACUACGGCGAGUCCCGUCCUUUCCCGGUCAGCCUGAGUACACCACCAGAGCAUAUGGAAUAUUUGACCACAAGGCAAGCGUUGGAGGACAUUCCGUAUUUUGCAAAGAACUUUUCCCGACCCAACCAUCCUGACGUGGACCUGAGGCCCCAAAGCACGCCAUGGAUUAUGGUUGGUGGCUCAUACGCCGGGAUUCGCGCGGCCCUGGCUCGCAGUGAAUACCCCGAGACGAUCUACGCCGCGUACGCCUCUUCUGCUCCGGUAGAGGCACAAGUUGAUAUGAGCAUCUACUUCAACAAUGUCUACCGAGGUAUGGAGGCCAACGGACUUGGGGACUGCAUCCAGAGCAUUCAGGCCGCAUAUCAAUAUAUCGACGACCAACUGGGCAAGGAAGACACGGCUGCCGCGGUGAAGAGGCUAUUCUUUGGCCCUGGCGCUGAGAAUAACACGAAUGAAGGCUUCACGGCGGCACUGUCGCACUUGUAUGAUUCGUUCCAAGGUUACGGACUUACUGGACCCGCGAACAGUAGUUUGCAGGAUUUCUGCAACUACAUGGGGUUCGGCAAGACGAACAGGACUGCGCAUCUCACGCGCUCCCUCUUCCGCCGAGAUAGUGGCAAAGCCGCCGCAGAGCGCUGGGCAUCGUGGGCUCCGUUGCUAUCCAUCGUGAAUUACAAUUUCAACACCAACUGCAAGCAACAGAAUGAGACGAUUCCACUAUCCUGCGAUUUUGAAGAAUCAACGACUGACCCUGAUAUGAUCGCCUGGGGCUGGCAGUACUGCACCGAGUGGGGAUUUUUUCAAAGUAACAACUUUGGUCCCCGUGCGCUGCUCUCAAAGUACCAGACGCUUGAAUAUCAGCAGUUGGUCUGCAACAAGCAGUUCCCAGAGGCUGUGAAGAAGGGCGUGCUGCCCUCGCAGCCUCGGGCGGAUGCGACCAAUGCGGAGUUUGGAGGUUGGGGCGUCCGCCCGUCGAAUACGUUCUUUACCGUGGGGGAGUUUGAUCCAUGGACGACGUUGUCUGUCAUGUCGCAAGAUGCGCUGAAUGCCGAACAUUCAACCUGGUCUAAGGACAUCCCGGAGUGUGGAGAGGCCAAGGCGGACCAUAUCUUUGGUCAGAUGCUCACGAACUCGGAGCAUUGUUUCGACUUCCAGCCGCCGAGGAGCCAGGGAGCCCUCUCGCUCUUUGAGAGCGCCUUGCGUAAUUGGUUAGCAUGCUUCAAGGGAGGCCAGGAAUCCAACACGAGGACAGGGGCGGAGUGA